GCAGCGCCAAGCAACACGUGUGUUGACAAACAGCUGAAGUUUUAUUUUUAAUGCGGCUCGGCACAUUUUGCUGCUUAAGUUACUUUAAAGAAGAAAAUAAUAAAAUAACAAAAAAUGUCAGCAAACAAAAAGAAGCAUCUAGAUGAGGCUGAUGCUAAUAGCUCCAGCGAGGAUGAGGAUAUUAAAAACGACGACAAUAAUGAAGAAGACGAUGAUGAGGAUAUGGACAGUGACGACAGCGAUGGAAUGGAUUCGGAAUCCUUCCAGGAGAAGGAGGAGCUACAAAUAGAAUUUGAGGGACGCGCACCUGUAGAUCCAGAUGCGGAGGGCAUUUCACAGUUGCUGCAGCGCCUCGUACCGCGUGCACAAAUCAAUUGCAAUCAGUUGGCCGACUUGCUCAUAGCUCAAAAUUUUGUGGGCAGCGUUAUCUGCCAAUGCAUGGAUGAUGGCCCCGAAAGCGAAACGGACGACAACAUGGUCGAGGAUGACACCAUCUUCGGCAUCACAUCAGUUGUGAAUCUAACAGUUAAGAAGGAUAAGCCCGUUAUAGAACAGUUGCGUAAAUACCUAACAGAACGCGCUGCUAAGCAUGCCACCAAGCAGGUGCAACAGCAGCUGCGCGAUCUGCUGGAAAAUGAGCAACAGCACGUGGGCCUUCUCAUCAACGAGCGCUUCAUCAACAUCCCAGCACAGAUCUCCGUGCCGUUGCUGCAGAAUCUGCAUAAAGAAAUCGAAGCAGCUAAGGCCAAGAAAAUGAAGUUCAACUUUGGCACGCUGCUAAUGCUGGUCAAGUUCCACCGCAAGCUGGGCAAGAAGGGCAAACCAGACGAGGAUCAGUUUACCAAUGCCGAAGAGGAACUGCUAGCCGAACGUUCCAAAUUUAGUUUCGAGUAUAUGGUAGACGUUGACAGCGAUUGGCCAGAGGACGAGGGAGGCUUAAAGCCAUACAGAAAACUUUUGGCGCUGGAAGCCAAGCAGCUGCCACAGCUUAUUAACGAUAUACAAUCCUAUAUAAAUGGAGAAUAAGAACUUAAGUGAGUUUAUAGUCCAUGUAGGAAAAGUUGUGUU